UUUCCGGUGGAGUGUUUGGCGCGGUGGGGGGGGGCGAUGAGGUUUCGCUGUCGGGCCCCGGCCCCGGCCCUGGCCCCGGCCCCGGCCCUGGCCCUGGCCGUGUCACUCCUGCAGGCCCUGGGUGCUGCCGCCAUCGACUGUCCGUGCAUCGACACGGCCCUUUGCCUGCCCGUGUCCGGAGAGAAACCGUUCGAGGUCUUGGUCUUUGACGUUGGUGGUGCAGAUUGGAAGCAUUAUGACUGGUCUAAGGUCACGACCAUUGCAGCUUUUGGGACGUAUGACCCUGAUCUUUUGUGUCGUGCUCAUGCAAAUCAAGUUCGAGUUGUCCUAAAAGGAGCUGUGCCAAUAAAGGACAUUAUAGACCCAACUAACCGAAUGAUUUGGAUCAACAAUCAAGUAAAGUUGGCAAAAAGCCAGUUUAUGGAUGGAAUUAAUUUGGAUCUGGAGGAAGCUGUUGAAUUUCAAUCUGAAGAAUAUUACGCACUAACUCAGUUGGUAAACGAAACCACACAAAUCUUCCACCGUGAAAUCCCAGGGUCUCAGGUCACAUUUGACGUGGCAUGGAAACCAGGCUGUGUAGAUGGCCGAUGCUAUGAUUAUGUAGCAAUUGCACACUCUUGUGACUUUAUAUUUGUGAUGUCCUAUGAUAUGCAGAGUCAAAUUUGGGGUGAUUGUAUUGCAAAGGCAAAUGCACCGUAUGACCAGACCUUAGCAGGUUAUGAUGCAUAUCUCAAGCUGGGUAUUCCCCCAGUAAAGCUAGUGAUGGGAGUUCCAUGGUAUGGUUAUGACUAUCCUUGCAUAUACUUGCUUGAGGCUGGAAUGUGUGUAAUCCAGAGUAUUCCUUUUAGAGGUGCUCCUUGCAGUGAUUUAGCUGGAUCUCAGGUCCCAUAUAAAAAGAUCAUGCAGCAACUCCCCAAAUCAAUUACUGGCAGAUUUUGGGAUGAUGACCAGAAAGCUCCAUAUUUUAUCUACAAGGUUAAUGGCUUAUACCAUGAGGUCUGGUAUGAUGACCCACAGAGCAUUUCAAUUAAAGCAUCUCUCGUCAAGAAACUUAAUCUCCGUGGCAUAGGCAUGUGGAAUGGAAAUCUCCUAAACUAUGAUGAUCCAUCAGCAGCAAUGCAAACUGAAGAAAUGUGGAAGGCACUGUACCCUUUCUGAGGAAAAUUGCCAGCUUGAAUCAUUUAACUUCAUGUGAUUGUUUUGGUAAUUGCAGCAACAAAAAGUGACUUUCUUCCAAAGUGAGAAGUCAAAUUAAUGCAAAUCUAUGGGGCAGAUUUAGCAUUUUAUGUAACAAAUUUCUAUUCAAUGAACAGAUGCACUAAAGUGGACUAAUGCACCCAACAUGUUGGUAUGCAUGCUUAUCAGUAUUCUCUCAUAUGCUGCCGCAUUUUAAGUUGUUUACAAAAUGCACCAACUCUCUGGUCAGCUCUCAAGACAGGCAGAUGAAAACUUCUUGCCACUAAAUACUUACAGUUCAGGGAACAAUUCAGCUUUCCACUCCUCCAUCACUCCCUACUCCUCAACCCCACCUACAGCAUCUCCCCAUGCAAAUGCAAAAUAUGCAACACCUGCCCCUUCACUUCCCCUCUCCUCACCGUCCAAGGGCCCAAACACUCCAUUCAAGUGAAGCAGCAUUUCACUUGUAUUUCCCCCAACUUAGUCUACUGCGUUUGUUGCU